UAAUAAUUUCAUUCCCGUUGCGGUCUCCCUCUUCUCCUUAUUCUUCUUCUUUAGUUCAGGAAGCUCUCAGAUCGAAUGGCGGGAAAAGGCGGAAAGAGACUGGUGGCUGCGAAGACCACUCCGGCUACUGCCAAGGUCAUGGACAGGAAGGACAAGGACAAGAAGCAGCCAGUCACUCGUUCUUCCCGUGCCGGAAUUCAGUUUCCCGUGGGCCGUAUUCAUCGGCACUUGAAGACAAAAGUCUCAGCCAAUGAGAGGGUCGGUGCAACAGCUGCUGUGUACUUGGCCUCAAUCCUCGAGUACCUGACCGCAGAGGUCCUCGAGCUGGCUGGCAAUGCAAGCAAGGAUUUGAAGGUGAAGAGGAUCACUCCUAGGCAUCUCCAGCUUGCUAUCAGAGGUGAUGAGGAGCUCGACACUCUCAUCAAGGGAACCAUUGCAGGUGGUGGUAUUAUCCCGCACAUCCAUACGUUCCUGAUCAAUAAGACCACCAAGGACUGAAGGCAGACCGUCGUAGGCUGUUUUUAUCAUGUUUACUAAGUCGAACUAGCGCUGUCUAUACUCAGGAUGACCGUAGGUCCUAUAGGUGUGAAUUUUGUGGGCGUGGCUUAUCACUGGCGGUGCUAGCGAUGCUCCUCUUUUUUUGUUAACUUACCGACAAAGCAAGCUCAGGGGUGAACUAUCUGUGUAUACUCGGGACGACUGUAGGUUCAACAGGUUAAACCUUUUGUUAGGUUACUAAAAGGUGUGAAUCCUUUUGCCUUU